AUGUCUUCUGGUGAUCGGUAUGGCAGGAGCUCGGAUCAUGAAAAUGCAGAGGAAAGGGCCCUAAGGCGGAUGCGGGAUUUGAAAGAUGCGCGGAAGCGGCAAUAUGAGAAACUCAACGACUGGGUCAGGGAGCAGGAAGCAGCAAUGGCCAGACUGAGGCCGGCUCGUGACAGAGCCGAGGCUUCCCACGAGACCGUUAUGAGCAUGGUCAAGAAACUAAAAAACAAGGAAGCGGAGCUUCAAUUAAUGGCCGACUCCACGACGGAAACUAAAUUCCGCCGAAGCAAGAACCGCCCUGCUACGGACGGUCGUGGCAACAUGACCCCCGAAGCCAGGAGGCAGUACGAGGAGGACCGAGAGCGCAGACGACGUUUGACUCAACGGGAAUACGAUAACUUGUUGGAAAUGUACCGAAGGUACAAAAGCGAGGACCAGGAGGCUCAAGAAGCGUACGAACAACUAAAAGAUAAGCUCAAGCACAAUGAGGGACAUAUCAAAAAAGUCAAGCAACACAUCCAGGAGCUUGAGGCCGAGAUCGACGAAUUGGAAGAGUAUCUACACGGACAGGAACGGCGCCGUCGACAACAGGAUCAGAACCCGAAGUUCCCACCGCCGGAUGGCUCUGGGGGCGGCAGUAGCGGAGGAUACGGUGGCGGCAGCCGGGGCCGUGACGCCCCGUUCGGGUACGGCGGCGGCGGCUAUGUAGCCAGGUACGAUGCCGGAUCCCGGGGUGGAUCGGGCCACGGGUCCCAGGCGUACGGCGGCUCGGGCGGAUACCACAGGGCGGCCGGACAGACCCACGCGACGCCGGAUGGGAAGACCAAGCAGGAUGUCGCCGGCAGGCUUGCCGCUCUCGACCUGGGCGGCGAAAAGCACCGUCGCGAAUCCAAGCCGACGGCUUCCAAAACUUCCAAGACCAAGUCCGCCGCUGGCACUACUGCUGGCGGGUCGCGGUCUUCUCGUCGCUAG